AUGGGUACCUCGUCGUCCUCCAGCAUGUCUCCCAGCAGCACCCUGCCCUACCACACCCCCGCUGAAAUCGACGAGAUCCACGAGCGAUUGUUGACGACAUUCAGGGCGGGCACCACUCAACCAUUGCCUUACCGCCGGCACCAGCUCCUCCAACUUGCGCGUCUCGUGCAAGAUAACGCGACGGCGCUCGAGGACGCGGUCUUCAAGGAUCUGGGCAAGCCGCGACAGGAGGCCGCGGUCGCCGAGCUCGGGAAUGUCCUCAAUUGUUGUCUUUAUGACGCGGACCAUCUCGAGGAGUGGACGAAGCCAGAAAAGCCCCAGGUAGCGGCAUGGCGGAGUGACUGGGAUACUACCGUGUACAGGGUGCCCAAGGGUCUUGUGCUCGUUAUCGGGCCAUGGAAUUACCCAUACAUUCUCACUCUGGGUCCGUUCAUGGGAGCCAUCGCGGCUGGCUGUACCUGUGUGGUGAAAGGAUCGGAACUUGCGCCCGCGACGGCACAGCUAUUAGCCGACCUGUUUCCCAAGUACCUCGACCCUCACGCGUACGCAUUCGUGAACGGCGCUGUGCCAGAGACGACGCACUUGCUUGAGCGCCGAUGGGACCAUAUCAUGUUCACGGGUAGCAGCAAGACCGGACGUGUUAUCGCAGCGGCGGCAGCAAAGCAUGUUACGCCUGUUACAUUGGAGCUCGGUGGAAAGUCCCCCGUAGUCAUUGCAGAUGAUGCGGACAUUGAGAUCGCCGCGAAGAGGGUGCUCUAUGGCAAACUACAAAACUCGGGCCAGUUGUGCGUCUCACCUGACCAUGUGUAUGUCCCACGCAACAAGCAGGAUGCCUUCAUAGCUGCGCUACUGAAGAUGUACAAGACGUUCUGGCCAAAUGGUCCGUUCCACGAGGGUUCCCGCUGGGGGAACAUUGUGAACCCCGCGCAGCACGCCCGACUGAGAAGCUUGCUUAACCGAACCAAAGGCGAAGUCGUGAUCGGCGGAUACUUCGAUGGCGACAAGAGAAUAGCGCCUACAAUUGUCAAGAACGUCAAGUUGGACGAUGCUCUGAUGGAAGACGAACUAUUUGGACCCAUUCUCCCUAUUAUCGCAGUGGACAAUCUUGAAGAGGCCAUUCAUCUCAUCGGCACCCAGCCUGCCCCCCUUGUCAUCUACGCUUUCACCAGUGACGAGGUCGUCAAGGAGAAACUGCUCGAGCUGACCAGGAGCGGCACCUUGUGUAUGAACGACACGGUCACUCACCUAGCCGUAUAUGAGAUGCCUUUUGGAGGCCAGGGCGAUUCUGGCCACGGCACAUGGAACAGCAAGUACACCUUCGACGCGUUCACGCAUUUGCGGAGCUAUGUGGACAUCCCGCUUGCUUUGGAGCCGAAGCUCAGCGACCGCUACCCUCCAUACACCGACGAGAAGUAUCACGCCAUGACGGCUACGCUGCGCACUAAAAUCCCGGAUGCGUAA